AUGCCAGCUUACCCCAGGCCUGAUGUCCGCCGCCAACAUGCAUCACGAGUCAACCGGAUGUCUCUAUAUGGUGUGGCCAGUCACCACAACCAUGUGGACGUUGGCAGCAUCCGCGAGGGUACAGAUGUCCGAACCACCAUCAUGCUCCGCAACAUACCGAAUAAGGUUGAUCAGGCAAUGCUGAAGCGUAUCGUGGACGACUCCAGUUGGGGCAAGUACGACUUCAUGUACCUCCGGAUUGACUUUGCCAACGACUGCAACGUGGGCUAUGCAUUCAUCAAUUUUGUUGACCCACUGGACAUCAUUGACUUUGUCAACGCGCGCGGCAACCAGCGGUGGAACUGUUUCAAAAGUGACAAAGUAGCCGAGAUCUCAUAUGCCACAAUUCAAGGCAAGGAUUGCCUGGUGCAGAAAUUCCGCAAUAGCUCUGUGAUGUUGGAGGCAGCGCAUUACCGGCCCAAGCUAUUCUACACCUCCAAUGGUCCUGUUCCGAAACUUGCGGGCCAAGAAGAGCCUUUUCCCCAGCCUGACAAUCAGUCCAAGAUGAAGCGAAGUUGCGAAAACGCAGAACACGUUGGUCUCUUCACGCCCAACGCUGGCCAACACUUCCGUGAUGAGCAGCGCCGAAGACGCUCACAAUACGACCGCGGCACAAGACUUGCAGCACUGGAGGAGCAUGAAUUCGAGACAGCCAACGAACCAUACAUGCAUUACUCCCGCUGA